GGGAUCUCGUUUGACGCCUGCCUGGUCCAGAUGUUCUUCAUCCACACCUUCACGGGCAUGGAGUCCGUGGUGCUCCUGGCCAUGGCCUUCGACCGGUUCGUGGCCAUCUGUGACCCGCUGAGGUACACCGUCAUCCUGACCAAGGAGCGGGUGGCCUGGAUGUGUGCCGGGGUGGUGUUGCGCCCAACCUUCCUGGUGAUCCCCAUCACGCUGAUGACUCUGCGCCUGCCCUUCUGCAAGCCCCACCUCGUCAUCGCCCACACCUACUGCGAGCACAUGGGCAUCGCCAAGCUGGCCUGCACAGACAUCCGUGUGAACAGCAUCUACGGCUUGUUCACCAUCGCCUUCCUCAUGCUGGACUUAGUCCUGAUCUUUGGGUCCUACGUGCUGAUCCUGAAGGCCGUUUUCCACCUGCCUUCCAGGGAAGCCCGGCUCAAAUCCCUGGGCACCUGCAGCUCCCACGUGGCCGUGAUCUUCGUCUUCUACACGCCAGCCUUCUUCUCCUUCCUCACCCACCGCUUUGGACACGACAUCCCCCUCUUUGGCCACAUCCUCAUCGCCAACCUCUACGUCAUCCUGCCCCCCAUGCUCAACCCGGUCAUCUACGGCGUGAGGACCAAGGAGAUCUGGACACAGGUGCUCCAAAUCCUUUCCCAAGGGCGUCUUGUUGGGAGGCCCUCCAUGAAAUGA